ACCAGUACCCUGUAUCUGGGCUGGGUUGGGUGGCAAUAGUAAGAUUUUUUGUUACCUAUCUAGCGAUAAUUUUGGUAUUAUUGGUUAUUACAGUCAAAACAGUACGUUUUAUUUGAUUAAUUUAAGUGAAAUAGUGCUAUAAUAAAUAAAUAUAUUUACAUUAAUCAUAUCAUAAUUUGAAAUCAUAAUAAACACUGAACUUUGCACUGACCUAAAGUAAACUUAUCCUUCUAAACCACUUAGUAAAUAUGGAUAAACGCCUUACAGUAAAGCAAUUAUACGAAAUGUACAAGAAAUGGGUCAUAAAUAACCCUGAUCUGGUUACCGACGUGGAAACAGUUACGACAUGGUCUUCUUACUUCGUGGCCGGAAAAAUUAACAAAUCCCCUAUCGUAUCGGAACUUGUGUAUUCAUUGUCGAAAAUCUUGUCUCUGUUCAACGACAGGCUCAUCAGGGAAGCUUAUGGCGAAACACAAUACUACACCUUUCGCGAACAGUUAAAGUUAUGGUUAACGAUAAUUCACUACAGUGAAGUUUUCAUUGAAUUAGUGGCUAAAGAUCGUUGUGGCUCACGUGGAAAGUGGACAAUAGCGACGAUAUUGCAGCUGUUCAAAUGCUCCUCCGCCCUCAUUCUGCUGUUCAGGUAUAAAGUGCUACCAAUCCAGCACCCUCCAGUACCAGUUUUGCAAAGAAAGAAGUUUAUGGAAGGCAAGGAGACUGAUGAGAACUCCAAUUCGUUUUUCACUCUGAAACGAUCUGGACGUAUUGUCCGAAGAGUCGAUGGCGCCCCUCCAAUAUCAUUGAGGGAUUGGCAACCCAUAAAAGUGAAUGAUGGCUUUGAAAAUACUUCUAAAGAAGUUAAAGACCUAAUAUAUGCUGAAACAUUACAUAUAUUGAAACCAAUAAUCCAUCUUCUUGCAAUGAGAACAUUUGGUACUAAAGCAUGGAAACAAUGGCUUGUUGCGCUCAGUAUUGAUAUAGCAAGCAUGAGAAUGUACACUAGGCACAUGAAGGAGCUCUCUUAUGAACAACGGCUGGAAAUAAGCAGAAGAAAACUUGGAUUAGUCUUAUACCUGCUCAGAAGUCCUAUGUAUAACGGUUACUCAAAGAAUGUAAUAGAAGGGGCACUGACCUCUCUCUCAAAUAAAAUACCUUUCACGUCAUUCAUUUGUGGACCAAUCAUUCAGUAUCUUAGUCAUUGGCAGGACAUUUACUUCUACAUGUGGGCUUCGUAGUCCAACAUUUAGUGUACCAGUAAUCAAUGUGUAAAGGAAAGGGUAGGAUAAGAGCAGAUUUAUUUUAGACAAUGCUUUCGAUCCCUACAAUUUUCGGUACCAACUAGUUUCCCAUAUGUUCUCAUUUUUCCAGAGUUGAUGACUAGUAAAAUGAAAUUGUGCUAAAUUGGGAUUCAAAGUUAUAUUUGCACCAAUAUAAUGUAGUACAGCUAUUCAAACUAUUGAUGCUGGUAGUCAGAUAAUGCUUAUCAUAAAAAUGUCUUGUUAUCCAACCUGAAGAAAUGAUGACAUGUUAAAUCACCAACUGCAUUUUUUUAAAGCAAAAUAAUAUACAGAUAUUUUAAAAUGUAGGGAUUGGGAUAUGGUGAAGGAACAUGUGUAGGUUUAAUGUUAAUUGUUUUAUAGUAAUUAAUACCAACUUAAGGCAAAAUACGUGUAUUAUGUAUAGUAUAGCCAAUUGAUCCCAGAAUUGACAACUAUCUCAUGACAACUAUCUCAUGUUAUUGACAAAUAAAAUCGUAUUUCUGUGCCUGUUUUGUUGUGAUGCCAACUUGUGAUAUUUACAUACUCUAAAACGGCACAUAUUUUUAUUGAAACUAACAUGAGAAAUAGAUAUUGUUGAAAAAAAAAGAUAAAUCGCAUGUGAUCAUCAAUGAAAAACUCGGACUAUAGUUUUGGUAUAGUCUCACUAAUUUUGAAAAUUUUCUACAAUUAGACUGGAACUAUAGUAUACUAUUCUGUCGAUUCUUAAUCAAUCGCAUAUGAGUGACGCAUAUUUUUCAUUAAUAAAGCAUAUAUUUUUGCAAUCAAAAAUUAUGACAAUGCUAUUUAUUAUACUUAUAAGAAUUUUACUAGGGUUAAGAUAUCUUUGUUGAUCAUUCCACUCUAACAGUGUUUCAAUUAUGGCAAAAUUUUGUAUACUAUAUUCAUAUUGUUGACACAGUAAACAGGUAGCGAUGUACCGUUGUCGAAAUUUUCAAGAAUGCACUGAAAUAGUAAGGAAGUAUUCUCAGAUAUUUGGAAUUUUCUUCUGAUGAUGAGAAUUCUGAAAUUUCUGAUGAAAAAUCUGUAGUCUAGCAGAUUUCUCAACGGACGAAAUUCCCUUAAUAAUUUCACAGAUAAUUUCUCAGCGGUACAUGGCAAGUCACAAGCAAUCUAAUGUACAUAUCUGUUGUAGCACUAUAGAUAUUGUUUAUGGAAAUCACUACGCAUAAGCUACUAUAACACUAUGUUACCUGAUUUUACUCACAAUAAUUGUGUUAUUAUAUAACUUGUAUGCAAUCAAGGGGUUUAAUAAAAGAUAGUUUUAUUGCA